CUCCCAAGGAGCCAUGAACCAACACGUGAAACCUUGAGACCACACAAUAUUGUAUCAGCGAUUUUAAUUACUGAUCUCUACUUUUAAAUUCCGCGCAAGGAUCAACAUAACCCCCAAUCCAGGAACAGCUGUGUGUCAGCAUUGCCGUGAAGAAGCCAAGACAACAACAUGGACAGUAACGCUCCCGGAGGAGGAGACUCUGUGGAACUCCACGGAGAUGAGGAGAUACUGGAGGUUAUAGAUCUGAACGACACAGAACAGACGCCAGAUGACCUGGCGGAGGAGUUGGAGGACGUGGAGUUUGAUGAUGAGGGGGCGGCAGGAAAUGACAUCACAGGAGACGAGGAGGGCUGGGAGACGGAGGACGAGAUGGAGGCAGAGGCAGACGACAGCGAUCUGACCUUCUCAAAACACACAGGGUCAGUGUUCUGCAUUGCGUUGGACCCCCAGACCAACAGCUUGUGUGUGACGGGAGGAGAGGAUGACAAGGCCUUCGUCUGGAACAUCAGCGACGGGGAAGUGCUGCUGGAAUGCACAGGCCACAAGGACAGUGUGACGUGUGCGGUGUUCAGUCAUGACUCCAAGCUGGUUGCUACGGGCGACAUGAGCGGCGUUCUGAAGGUCUGGAAACUUGACACCAAACAGGAAGUCUGGAGCUUUGAAGUGGCCGACCUGGAGUGGUUAGAAUGGCACCCGUGUGCUCCCGUGCUAUUGGCCGGCACGGCGGACGGUAACGUCUGGAUGUGGAAGAUUCCGAGCGGCGACUGCAAGACCUUCCAGGGGCCCAGUUGCCAGGCAACCAGCGGCAAGGUGAUGCCAGACGGUAAGAGGGUGUGUGUAGGAUAUGAGGACGGCUCCGUGCGGCUCUGGGACCUGAAGCAGGGAAACGCCCUCCACGUCAUCAAGGGCAGCGAUGGCCACCAGGGGGCUUUGACGUGUCUGGACGUCAACAAGGACGGAACUCUGGUGAUCACCGGGGCAACGGACGGCCAGGCCAAACUCAUCAACACAAACACCGGCAAGGUGGUUUGUUCGUUCUCUGUGGACCCUAAAGCCAGAAGCUCAGAUGACGAUGAGGAAUCCAACUCAGUAGAAUCAGUCGGGUUCUGCAAAACGUUGCCCCUGGUAGCGGUGGGCUAUCUGGAUGGAACUCUGGGGGUGUUUGAUCUCUCCACUCAGACGCUCAGACACAGAUGCCAACACCAGGCCGGUAUCGUGCAUCUCCAAUGGGAGGAGUCUUCCUCAGUAGUGGCCACCUGUAGUCUGGACGGGGCGGUUCGGUUCUGGGACGCCAGAUCAGGAGCUGUGGUGGCGACAUACAGAGGACACACAGCUGAGAUACUGGACUUCACACUCACCAGAGACGCCUCCAUCGCCGUGACAGCAGGAGGAGACCACAAGGCCAAAGUUUUCUGUCUGCAGAGACCCGACCGCUAACACCAGAACCAGAACCAGGAACCAGAACCAGGAGACCUGACGGAUAACCGCUAACCAGAACUAAGACCCUAAACCAUAAACCCACACUAGAACCAUACCACAGACCCCACCGCUAUCCAGAACCCUGAACCCACAUCACAGACCCUGCUGCUAACCGCUAUCCAGAGCCCACAACCACAGAACCAGCCGCUAACCGCUAGCACCAAGAGACUGCUAUCCAGAACCCUGAACCCAGAACCAGGACAAUACCCCGCACCACAGGACCCUGAGCCCACAUCACAGACUGCUAACCAGGAUCAGGAACCGCUAACCGCUAACCAGAACCCAUACCACAGACUGACUGCUAACCAGGAGACCCGACCCGAAAUUAGCUUUCAAAUAAAUAAAGAAAGAAGGAAAUAUCCCACAGAGCUUUUAAAUAACUCAAUCAGUCAAUAAAUAUAUAUAUACA